GUACAUGCAGGGUUGUUAACUCUACGGAUUUUUCCGUAGAUCUACGGAUUUUCGAAAUUAUUUCGGAUUUUCAGAUAUCGACCACAUUUCUACGGAUUUUUCAGCUGCAGCCAUCAAAAAGCUAAAAUGAGGAUUUUUUUACUCUUAAGAUGUCAUUCUUCUUCUUUUUUGGUCUAUCAAGUACCAUUCUUCUUCUUUUUUGGUCUUUCAAGUGCCAUUCUUCUUCUUUUUUGGCCUAUCAAGUGUCAUUCUUCUUCUUUUUGGUCUGUCAAGUGUCAUUCUUCUUCUUUUUUUGGUCUGUCAAGUGCCAUUCUUCUUCUUUUUUUGCCUAUCAAGUGUCAUUCUUCUUCUUUUUGGUCUGUCAAGUGUCAUUCUUCUUCUUUUUUUGGUAUGUCAAGUGUCAUUCUUCUUCUUUUUUGUCUGUCAAGUGUCAUUCUUCUUCUUUUUUUGGUCUGCUAAGUGUCAUUUUCUGUCAGAUUUCUGCACUACGGAUUUCUACGGAUUUUUGAAGCGCUCUCUACAGAAAUAUUCAGUUGCGUUGUUAACAACCCUGUGUACAUGGUACAUAAUAAACAUAAAAUCAAGUGUAUCAAAAAUGGAAGUCAAAGAAGAAAUUACCGAGGAACAGUUUAAAAUAGAAAUAGAGUAUAAUGAUUUGGAUGGCGAUGGUUUUAAAUGUGAAGUUCAGGAGUCUAGUAGGGAAAGUACUCAUGGUCCAUAUGAUUCUGUAGACUUUGAAACAAAACCAUUUGAAGAAAACCAAAAAUCUGAAAAAGGUCAUCUACAAGAUGAAAGCAAAAUGGAGGUUGAGGAGAAACUCAUUAAAGAUUCAUCUCACGACGAAAAUGACACGAGUCGACACACGGAAGGAAAAACUUUAAAUAAACCUAUGACAGUUGUGACUGGAAAAAGACGUUAUAAAUGUGAAAUUUGUUUUAAGCAGUUUUCUCAUGCAGUUCAUUUGAAAAGACAUUUGAAUGUGCACGUUGGGGAAAAACCUCACAAGUGUGAAAUUUGUUUUAAACAGUUUGGUGAAGCAGGUACUUUAAAAAGACAUUUGAGAGUGCACACUGGGGAAAAACCUUACAAGUGCGAGAUUUGUUUUAAGCAGUUUUCUCAUAGAUUUUAUUUGAAAAAUCAUUUAAGAACACACACUGGAGAAAAACCUUACAAGUGUGAGAUUUGCUUUAAACAGUUUAGUGCAGCAGGUACUUUAGAAGCACAUUUAAGAACGCACACUGGAGAGAAACCUUAUAAGUGUGAAAUUUGUUUUAAGCAGUUUGCUCAAGCAUUUGGUUUGAAAAGUCAUUUGAGAGUGCACACUGGGGAAAAACCUUACAAGUGCCAGAUUUGUUUUAACCAAUUUGCCACAGCAAGUUGUUUGAAAAGUCAUUUAAGAACUCACACUGGAGAAAAGCCUUUCAAGUGUGAGAUUUGUUUUAAUCAGUUUAACCAAAAAAGCACUUUGAGAAUACAUUUGAGACAGCACACUGGAGAAAAACCAUACAAGUGCGAAACUUGUUUGAAGCAAUUCAGAGAACUAGGCACUUUCAGAAAUCAUUUAAAAACACACACUGGAGAGAAACCUUACCAGUGUAAAAUUUGUUUUAAGCCGUUUGCUCGAACAGAUUAUUUGAAAACACAUUUGAGUGUGCACACUGGGGAAAGGGAAAAACGUUAUAAGUGUGAAAUUUGUUUUAAGCGGUUUAUUUAUGCAAGGAAUUUGAAAACACAUUUGAGAGUGCACGCUGGGGAAAAACCUCACAAGUGCGAGAUUUGUUUUAAGCAAUUUACUGAAGCAGGUACUUUGAAAAGUCAUUUAAAAAUUCACACUGGAGAAAAACCUUACAAGUGUGAGAUCUGUUUUAGGCGAUUUGGUGAUGCAGCUAGUUUGAAAAGACAUUUGAGAGUACACACUGGAGAACAACCUCACAGGUGUGAAAUUUGUUUUAAACAAUUUAGUCAUAAAAGUUCCUUGAAAACACAUUCGCGAGUGCACACUGGGGAAAAACCUCACAAGUGUGAGAUUUGUUUUAAGCAUUUUUCUCAGGUAGCACAUUUGAACAAUCAUUUAAGAACGCACACCGGAGAAAAACCGUACAAGUGUGAGAUUUGUCUUAGGCAAUUUAGUUUAGCCAGUAGUUUGAAAAGACAUUUAAGACAGCACACUGGCGAAAAACCUCACAUGUGUGAAAUUUGUUUUAAGCAAUUUAAUCUUAAAACUUCCUUGAAAACUCAUUUGCAAGUGCACACUGGGGAAAAAUCUGUUAAGUGCGAUAUUUGUUUUAAGCAAUUUACUACAGCAAGUUAUUUGAAAAGACAUUUAAGAAUUCACACUAGAGAAAUGCCUUACAAGUGUGAGAUUUGUUUUAAGCAGUUUACUAAAACAAAUGAUUUGAAAAAACAUUUGAGAGUGCACACUGGAGAGAAACCAUAAAAGUUGUUUUAAGCAGAUUACUUGUGCAAGUUUUUGAAAAGGCAUUUGAAUGUGCACGCUGGGGAAAACGUGUGAAAUUUGAUUUAAGCAGUUUUCUCACAAAUGUUUUUUGAAAAUAUGUUGAGAGUACCUAUAUUCAUUUAUUUGUUAAGAGCACACAGUGGCGAUCAACAGGUAGCAACAAACGCGGUCCAAGAUUGCGGCUCGUAAUUUUGAAUAUUUUGUCGAAAUAUUUGGCACACAUAUGUAUUCGUAAUAUAAUAAAGAAUGGCGGUACAGAGCCCAAUUUCAGAAAUAUGUUAGUAUGUGGAAAUUACUCUAUAACUAAAUAAAAUAUUACAAAAAGAAGCCUGUACCGCCAUUAAGAAAGACAAAAAAAUACACUUUCUUCAAAUAAACUUUUUUAUCCCGUGCCUAGAUUUUGUGUCACAUUGGAUCUACUAAAAAUCGAUUUUUUUAUAACAAGAAAUCGAACGUCACUGACUUAACAACAUUUGGCGCCCAUGUGUAAAAAAUUAUUGUUUUUGAUAGUAUAAACGUCACUGUCAGUGUCGAAUUACCGACGCACUGUUUUAUCACUUUUUAAAGUUCGCAGAACUUUCGCAAUCUUUGACCGCGUUUGUUGCUACCUGUUGUCGCUACUGUGUGCUCUUAAGCUUAACAGGCCUUGUAAGCAUAGGGUUAAAAUGUGUACAUUUCUAAUUACAUUUUGUUUUAAUCUUAAA